AUAAAUUAGGACUAAUUAAUAUUACUUCUGUUAUAUUCUGCAAAAUGCCUCCUCAUCUAAAUGAAACAUGAUGCAGGGCUUGAGGAGGCCUAAGCUUUUCUGGGUAUCAGCAGCAACGCCUUUGGCCUCUGUGAUUCUAUCAACCAUCAUUGUCUUUGCUCUCAAAGGUCACAGACAUGGUAUCAAAUCCAUUGGGCACUUGCAGAAAGGUGUGAACCCGCCCUCUGCCAAUAUGCUAAACUUCCAUGGCUCCAACUUAGCCCUUGCAAUUAAAACAGGAAUUAUGACAGGAAUCCUAUCUCUUACAGAAGGGAUAGCAGUUGGUAGAACAUUUGCAUCUCUGAAAAACUACCAAGUGGACGGAAAUAAGGAGAUGAUGGCGAUCGGAUUAAUGAACAUGACAGGCUCCUGCACUUCAUGCUAUGUAACCACAGGAUCAUUUUCUCGAUCGGCAGUGAAUUACAAUGCAGGAUCUAAGACAGCAGUCUCUAACUUAGUGAUGGCAUCUGUUGUGCUCAUAACUAUGGUGUUUCUGAUGCCACUUUUCUACUACACUCCCAAUGUUAUAUUAUCAGUGAUCAUCAUAACUGCAGUCAUUGGCCUGAUUGAUUUAGCUUCUGUCAUCCGCUUAUGGAAGGUAGAUAAGCUUAAUUUUGUCAUUUGUCUUUGCGCCUUCUUUGGUGUCCUCUUCAUGUCAGUGGAAAUGGGCCUUGCUAUUGCUUUGGGAAUAUCCAUGUUCAAAAUUCUGAUGCAUGUGACAAGGCCAACCAUUGUGGUUUGAGGCAAUGUAACUGGAACUCAGAGCUAUAGAAAUUUAGCACAGUACAAGGAGGCUGAAAGAAUUCCUUCUUUCAUUGUACUCAGCAUUGAGUCUCCCAUCUAUUUUGCCAACUCAAUGUACCUUCAAGAAAGAAUUUUGAGAUGGGUGAGAGAUGAAGAAGAAAGAGCAGCAAAAUUGAAGGAGGCUGACAUAACAUGCAUUGUUUUGGACAUUUCUGCUGUAACAGCAAUAGACGCAAGUGGAAUUGAUGCUCUUCUGGAACUUAAGAAGGCCCUCGACAACAGAUCACUCCAACUUGUGCUUGUAAAUCCGGUUGCUGGUGUAGCGGAAAAACUGUAUCUAUCAGAGGCUUUGGAGAAACUUGGAUCUGAAUGUAUUUAUAUGCGUGUUAGUGAGGCAGUUAUAGCAAUCUCCUGCAAGUUGAAAGACCAACCAUAACGAAAUGAAGUUUUCAUAACGAGGAUUAAUGAGUAGUUUAAGGAGACUAAUCUCUUGCUUAAUUGCAGACAGCUCUUCCAAGAAGAGGUUUUGGAGAAAAUUUAAAUAGAAAAAUAUGGCCAGGUUAUUAGGAAGACCUUUCCUGUUAAGCUUUCUGAUCUCAAGUAGGAGCAUUGCUUCGUUUAAAAUUUGAGCUGGAAAUAUGUCAAUAUUUAUUCUUUAGAAUUUAGUAAAAGAGCCUUCGAAAUUCUGCAGUGCUUGGAUAAAGCUUCCCUUGUUUAAUUAAACAAAUUAACAGAAAAAAAAAUCAACUAAAUUAAUCAAAAAAAUAAAUCUAUAAUAUGAAACAAUGUUAUGCAGGACCUAUUAAAACCCGUACAAAAUAAAGCAAUGGUUUAUAGUGUCGUGACUACCAUGAAAGAAGGAUCAAUCUUUGGCAUACCCCACACCCCUCAGUCCCUAUAACUUAGGGCCCAUUUGGGGUAGUUUAUUGGGGGUGCGGUGGCGUUUUGAAAACGCCAGCGCGGUGCUUGGAAACUCCGUUCGCCCGGCGGUUUGGUGUCGCGCCGAUACACGCGUGUGCAUUUGUUAAUAGGUGGAUACACGCCCCUACCCCCACGUUCCGCGUCCGCGACUCGGGUUUAGGGAAAAAUUUUCUCCUGUGCCCUUCUCUGCUCUCCCACACCCUCUCCCUCCCUAUCAUGACCCUAGCGAAGAUCGACUCACAUGUAAGCUUUUGUUUACUCCCUCUCCCUCUCUCGGUGAGAUCUGAUGUUCUCUGCUAUGCGCGUUUAUUUCGACUGGUUCGAUUUACCAUGUCUGAUCUGGUUUUUCCAUCCCUAAUUUAGGCAAAUUUCAGUUGAUGAUGUAAGUAGGGUUUUCUUGCUGAUGAUUUUGUUGGAUUAUGUUGGAAUGCACUGGGUAGUGUUGCACUUGCUUUCUAAUGAACACGGGAAACGUUGGAAUUGUCUUGAAUCUAUUCCUAUUGAAAUGCAAA